AACAAACAUGGCCGCCGCAGGGAAGAAGUGUUGGAAAUCAGGGUGACCUCAUAAUGAACUGCAGGCUGCGAAACUUAGGAUGGUUUGAUUCAACGAUAUUUCUGUGAGAACGAUGGCGAAAUGGACCAAACCAUGAAAAUACAGCUGAGCUUAUAAUUGAUACAUAUACACUGGGCCACUACUGGAAGGGCCUACCUGAAAUUAAAUUGAUUAAAAUCAACCCUGAAAGAUGGCUGGGGACAUGAGCCAGUUGCUGGCUACCAAGUUAGGCCAAGCCGUCCAAAGCAACCACGUGGAGGAACUGAAGCAGUUGCUGGCUGACGGUGAAGACCCCCUUUUUAAAGACAAGCGGAACAACACAUUCUUGCACCUGGCCAGCACUGUAUAUAGACCUCAGAUUAUCAGUAUCCUUCUAACUCUGGGGAUUGAUAUCAAUACUCAAAAUAAGGCUGGUAAUACUCCCCUACACAUGAGCGCCCUGAGCAAUGAGUGUGCGCAUGUCUCCGAUCUGAUGACAGCUGGGAUUGAUCCCUUUGCCAAAAAUAGGGAAGGCAAGACAGCUAUGGAGAUCGAAACUCAAAAUAAGUGGUGGCUACGUUCAUACAAAGUCUACGAGCCUGGUGUGUUUGCAUGCGUCGAUGCACACGAUAUCCCCAAGUUCGAAGAGCUGAUUUCAAAAUGGUGCCGGUUAGAUGCAGUCCAUAAGAGUGGGAGAACGUUACGGCAGUAUGCGGCAAAGAAAAGUUACCACGAUAUGGUCGCCAUUAUUGACAGAAACUCUCACACUUUGGAUUGCAUUUAUGGAGUAAAAGAAGAGAAGUCAGAAAAAGUGUUCAAAGCUUUGAAGAAAUCCAUCUGUCGGGUUAAUUUCCUCAACAUGGGUGUUGGCCCAGAACAUGUGCUGCAGUGCGCCAUUGACAGUAACCGCCUUGAUUACGUCACUGCGCUCUGUGAAGCUGGUGCUGAUGUCAACCUUUGGGUCAGGAUUAAGAAAUACUUCAAGGGUCCGAUGUAUUUUGAAGUGAUAAGAAAACGUCCUGGGCUCAAGACAAAGAUUAUGGAGAAGGUACUUGACUCGUCAAUAGAUGUCACUGCUAAAGAUGAGCGAGGGCGGACACCUUUAAUCUAUGCCGUUGAUAAAGCUAGCGAUGAAAUGCUGCCAUACAUUGUUGAUUUCCUCAUAGAACAUGGGGUCAAUAUUGCUGAGAGGGAUCACACUGGUGCUAGUGCUCGAGAUGUGGCCAAGUUAGCUGGCAGGAAAUAUGCAGUGGAGGCCAUUGACAGGCUGAUCAUAAAGUUAAUACGAAAGACGGACCUUGAUGCAUUAUGGGAGCUGGCAGUCAGCCAUUAUGAUGACUUUAACUUCGAGUACAGGUAUAAGGAUACUCUAAUAUAUGCGGCUGGGAACGAGGAUGACACAGCCACCAAGUGGUUGGAGGGAUUGUCCAAGUUUCUUGACGACGUGAAACAAUUUCAUCACUACAUCUGGACAAAUAACGUUGGAAUGUCGCGUUUUCUUCUAAAGGAGAACCCACAUAGAGAUAAACUGCUGAGGGCAAAGGAUAGGGGAGGUCGCACUCCCCUCAUCUUGGCUGUGAUGUCUGGAAGUAAGAAGUACACCAUGUUCCUUUUAGAGGAGGAGCCAGGACUCAUCAAUAUGGGCAGAGAUAAUUUAUACCGGACUGCGCUACAUUAUGGUUACGGCCUGGGACAAAGUGGCCUGGAGAUUCUGGAACUCUUGAAGAAUAAUGGUGCUGAUGAGACUGCUGAGGACGUGUUCCAGAAAAAGCCCAGAGACUACGCACCCACUGCAACAGAUGAUGACCCAGCAUUGUUUAUUAAGGAAGAGAGGGAAAAGGAGUACGGCCUCAAAAUGGAGAUGUACUGCUUGAAAAAGUACGAGGCGUUACGGCGUAUUAUUCGGUCGAAGGAUGAGACUUCUCAGAAGUAUAAAGAAUUCUUGAAAAGUGUGCGUGGAGUUUGGUACCCAAUGUCUGUCAUCCCUGCCAAGUUAAACCCUGGAGGAGUACCGCUAAUGAAGGGAUUCAAGGACCUCAUUUUCUAUGCCAUUGAGAAGAAAGAUGAAGAUAUCACGAAGAAGUUGUUGUUCCUGGGUGCUGAUACUGAGAGGAAAGAAAUGAUUAGGGUAAAGACAACUGACGAAAAUGGAGACACACAUCGCACCUAUCGCCAGAUGAAUGCCGCAGAAUAUUGCGAACACCUGGGUUGGCUACGGAUGUCCGAGUAUUUAAGAACGCAUCAAUUCUCUGGCAAGGAAAAACUUCAAAUGUUUAGUACGGUGUAUUGGGUUGGGAUUCCUAAGGAAGCUUCAUCACAAACUAUGUAAUUCUUGUAAAAGCCAAAGGAUGUGCGAUAUUGGAAUGCUAUCCUGUUCAGAACUCUUUCAAGAUGUGGACAUUUUGUCGGGAUCGGACGAGGAUCUUUGCCUUACUAUUAGACAUGCGUUGAAUGUUAAUGCUCAUGUGUUGUAGUUGUACGCAGGUAAAGAUUCCAUCAUGGAAUCUAUCAAAGGAAUUCUGUAACUGAGAAUUUCCAUCAUAGAAUAUAUGCAAUGUAUAUAUGUGACCCACCACAGCAAAAUGAGUCGCAUGUCGCUUCGGGCUUGACAGGUUGAGACGGACUGGUUGUUCAUUUCACUAUUGUCUGCCUGUUGUGAAGUCUUGAGUGUAUCAAUUUCUUCUAUUAUGUCCUGGUGUCAUUUUAGGCUCAUCUUCUGUGAGACAUGCCACCCAUUUUGCCGUGGUGGGUCACAUAUACACUAAAACCUCGAAUACAAGGAAUGAGACUCUGCCCCCAAUCAUUGCAAUGGUUUUGAAUGGGGAUGGGCGAAUAAGUCGGGUAUUAUUCUUUCAUCAAUGGCAUGGGUAAAUGGAGUCACAUGUGUUAUAAUCACGCUCUGAUCUUGGCUGACAUUGACAGUGAAACGAAAUCAACAUCACUGGUUAUAGUAGGCCUAUUUCUUCUAAUAAAAGAUACCCUAUUGUGUCAUUUCUUUAGAGUUGAUAUUGAGGUUUUAGAAUCCCUCCUCCAUUGUAAUGAAUGGGGGCGAAGUCUCAUUCCUUGUAUUCUAGAUUUUAGAGUAUAUAUCUAUAAUGCAUUUGAGCCAGUGUAAUUUCAAUAAUGGAAUCCGUAAUGAUGCUAUAACAUUAUUGGAACUAUAAUAGAACACCGAUAUAAAAUCCAUUAUAGCAUUCCCAUUAUAGAAAUCCCAUUAUAGAAAUCCCAUUAUAGAAUUCCCAUUAUAGAAUCUACAACAAGCUAUAUGCUAUUAAACAUGGUUAGUGAUAAUCGCAUAGAUCUGUCAUAGAAUCCAUUAUAGAAAUGUUUGCCUGUGUAGGCCAACUCAAGUAUAAAUGGUGCAGACUAUAACAUGUUCUUCUUUGUUUGUUCGGAGGCGGGUCUUCUCCUUUCCCUUUUAUAUACAAUGUAUAAGCAGCUGGUUGACUGUGAUAUUUGUGUGUUGUUAAAAAUUGAUAAUUUUUGCUCAUUAGAACAAUGCACUGAACAUUUGCUCCAUCCUGACAAUAUCUAUUUGUGUGUUGUUAAAAAUUGAUAAUUUUUGCUCAUUAGAACAAUGCACUCAACAUUUGCUCCAUCCUGACAAUAUCUAUUUGUGUGUUGUUAAAAAUUGAUAAUUUUUGCUCAUUAGAACAAUGCACUCAACAUUUGCUCCAUCCUGACAAUAUCGGGCCAUUUCGCUCAAUGCAUACUUACUCCCUCAAUGGAAACAUGCGUAAGGAGGAGUCGUGUUGUAGGCCCUGUUUGCAAGAGGAUGCAUUUGCUCCUCUUGAUGUGUUCUUUUAUGUAGUAUGUUAUAGCUCAGAGAAUAAAGCACAUAGAAUCCUUUCUUUUUAACUUCUA